AUGGGAGGGGCGACGGACCCGCUCCUGGCCGCCCGCGGCCGAGCACCGAGUCGAUGGCGUCCGCUCGGGCUGCUGGGAGCGGCCCUCGCGGCCUCCUCCAUCAUCGGAUACGCCGCCUCGCGGGCCGAUGCGACGGGUAGCGAGCGACUGGCACAGGCGCCGCCAACGUGGAGCUUGCUGAACCCCGACCCCUCGCUCCUCGAGUGGAAGCUCAUCAAGCCGCGGCGCGAGCUGCACCGCUCGGCGAAAUGGAGCGGGGUCGGGGACGAGAAGGUCCUGGUCGGCUACCUCCGCGUGCCGCUCGACUACGACGAGGGCUCCGCGGCGAGCCAGGUACACCUCAGGCUGCGCGUCACCGUCGUGCUCACCGGUGCGAACGACGACGUCGUGUUGUACCACUGCGGAGGGCCCGGUUCCACCGACAGCUGCGCCUUUUUUCAAGACGGGUACAAUGGCACCUUCCACUCGCUUGGAAUUCAGCAGCGCGGCGUCUUUGACGAGGGGGGCUCGUACUCCGAGGGCGUAAACAUGAGCGUGCCCGCCAACCCCGACGGCCAGCCCUACUUCAACGACUGUCCCGAGGGCGAGCACCUCGCGGCGCCAGCGCUCGCGGAGGGGAGGGUGCCGACUCUGCGCGAGAUGACGAGCUGCACCUGCUGGGUGCCGGGCAGGAGCUACUACCGCCGCGGCGGCGUGGACCCAAAGCCGCGCCCCGAUCCCGGCGACGCCCGCGAGGUGCGCACCUGGUUCGAGUUCUCCCGCGCCCGGAACCGCCGCUGCUACGACCACGACUACUUUCAGCUCUCCGGCCCAAACGGCACCUCCUUCAAUUUCCUCGAUUACGUGGGGACGCAGCUGCUUGCCAAGGACCUCCGCCUGCUGCUCCGCGCCAUCGGCGCCGAGACCCUCAACAUCGACGGCGCCUCGUACGGCACCGGGGUUGGGAGUGCCUUCGCGGCCGCCUUCCCGGAGCACACAGGCCGGCUGCUCCUCAACGGUAACGCGGUUGUGCGGCCGAGCACGAAGGACUACUACAUCGGCUACGCGCACGCGACGCGGCACAUCCUCUUCAAGCUGGGCAGCAUCUGCGAGGAGAUGGCGGACGAGCGGUACUCCUUCGAGCUCCGCUCGCGCGGCGGCUCGACGCGGUACGAGCUGCCGUGCGCCUUCAGCGGCGACGACGUGUGGGAGAGCCUGGUGGCGAAGGCGAACGGCGGCGCGCUCGCCGCGUACACGAACGCGGGGCAGCGGUACGUCGUCACGGCGCCGGCGCUCUGCUCCUACGUCGUCGGCGAGAUCCAGGGCGCCGAGGCGGAGGACUCCGCGCCGUGGCGGACGGCCAUCAGCGUGCUGUCCAUGCUGAGCAGCGAGCACGCCUCGUGGGUGGAGGUGUCGAGCGAGCGCGUGCUGAACAGCACCUGCGGCCCCAACUGGAUGCUCCACGGCCACUGCACCGACGCGUACAAGCCGCCGUUCACCGAGGUGGCCGUCAACGCCCUCGACUACGAGGGGCGCUACUCGAUCGCGGGCGCGAUGGACCUGUACCAGUCGCUAGUCCGCAACUAUGGCCCCGUCGAGGUGGGCGUGGCGAACGAGAACGGCUUCGACCUCCUCACGUGGCCGGCGAAGCCCACGCCGCCCGUCUUUGGCUGGCGGGCCGGUGUGCGCGCCCUGGUCGUCAACUCGCUCUACGACGGGUCCACGCCAUAUCUCGACGCGCGCUGGAUGCGCGCCUCCCUGCCCGACGCGACGAUCUUGACGUGGCAGGGCGUCGGCCACUGCGUCGCCUCGGCGGACUACGACCAGGAGGGAGUGCGCGCCUGCCUCGACAAGAUGAGCCGCUACAUGCGGACGGGCGAGCUGCCGGUGGACGGCGACGUCUGUCGCACCUCGAACGCCGUCGUGACCCGCGCGCGGGCGCGCCGCCGCCGCGACGAGCUGCUGGCAGAGCAGGGCGUCUGA